AUGGAUCUUCGUCCACAGACGACAGUAACAUGGGCCACUAUUCUGCAGGUACGUACAGGGAAUCCUAGUGGCAACUGGCGAAAAAGAUACGAAGAAAAACUGGGUUUCGAUGAAUCUGCUGAGAUAACAUUGUUAGAGGGACCUUCAUUUCGUAUGCAAGUGCAUGAAGAAGAGAUUCGUUGGUCGAUCUCACCAGAUGAGGACGGAUGA